GCGCUACCUUAGUUCAAUGCUUUUUGACAUACAUACAUAUAGGUUAGCCUUAACAGGCUAAAAAAUGAUACAGUGUUUAUAUAUUUUAUUUCAUAAUAAUAUGUACAACACUUAAUUGCAAAUUAUUAAUUUGUUUUGUGAAAUAAUCAUUAGGCAACAAGUUAUAUUAAAAUUCUGCGUAAUAUUAACGAUGAAUACAAUGGGUAUAUGAAGUUAAGCGGAUAUUUACCAUCGAUUCUAAGAGUAUUUUCUGAAAUUAUAUAAAAUGGCAUCACGUAUUACCGCUUCUGCUACCGUUCGAGCUGUCAAAGAAAGUAAAGGUUUACCAACUCGUGCUGCUCUCGUACUUACUCAAAAAGCUGUUGAAAAAAUAAGAAAAAUUUUGCAUAACAAAACAGAUUGUAUUGGUUUAAAAGUCAGUGUUCGUCAAAGAGGCUGCAAUGGGCUAAGCUACGUUUUGGAUUACGCAACUGAAAAGAGUAAAUUAGAUGAGGAAGUUAUACAAGAUGGAGUAAGAGUAAUUAUUGAUAGAAAGGCACAACUUACCCUUUUAGGGACGGAAAUGGAUUACAUAGAAGGCAAAUUAAGUUCCGAGUUCGUAUUUAACAACCCGAACAUUAAGGGUACUUGCGGCUGUGGGGAAAGUUUUUCCGUGUAAUAGAUUUUUUUUUGUUAGUAUUGUACUAUGUAAAUAGAUCAAUUAUUUUGAAUUUUAAAAGAAAAAUUUCUAUCUGCAAAAUACGUCUCGGGUAAACGCUGUUAAAUUACUUUUACCUCUGUAUAUUUUAUUAUUCGAAAUAAAUUAACAAAAAAUAUUGAAAAUAAUAAAGUCUUUCUAAAAUAGUCACUUGGCAGUUAAAAUGAAAGUAAAUUUUUCAGUGUUUUUUCAAUAUGUAUUUUUGAAUUUUUGAUCAUGAAUAUAUUAAAUAUCUAUUUCAUUUUUUUUUUCUUAAUUGUGUAGAAAUGAAAUUCUUCGUUUAAAAGAACUUCAAUCAACAUUGUUUUUAAUUUUUAUCAGAUAACAUGCAUAAUGAAGCAAUUGCAGUAGGUUUUCAAGUUUAGUGAUGAAUCGUUAUCUGUAAAUUCGGUGGUUUCUAAACUCUGAAUUUGGGAAACCCUAAAUAUUGCCGUUUUGUAAAAUAAACUUAAUGUAAAUAACAUCAUAAAAAUGAGAAAAAUAAAAAUAAUAUUAAAAAUA